CCUGUUGCUGGUUACCAGUAUAUAAAGAGAGAUUGCGGACCAGAUCAAGUCGCUGUCGCCAGUGAUCCCCUAGGACGCUAACACGCACGAUGGCACGUCUGAGCCUGUUUGCCCUCGCCCUUCUCCUCGUCGCCGGCCAGUGCCGUGCGGAAGGUUUGUUUGAAGAUGGUCAAGAGUACCAAUACAGUUAUCUUACCUUCACCACGUCCGGCGUUCGUGAACCGACUCCCUCUGGCUCCUCCUUUGGCAUCCGCGGUAACUUGCUUAUCCAGAAACAAGCCGGAGAAGCUAUUGUCAAGCUUUCGGAUGUGACUUUGGGUAUGCACAAUGGACCCGACUCACUUCUCUCGACUGUCAAGUUCUUGAAGAAGCCCGAGUUGGUUACGUUGGAGAAACCCUUCAAAAUUUCGUUCUUGAAUGGAAAGAUCACUGGAUUCGAUGCUGACGCUUCGGAUGCCGAAUGGUCAAUCAACAUCAAGAAGGCUUUGGCUACCAAGUUGCAAAUGGAUGUCGUUGCCGGAGAGAUUGGCAAAGGAGACACCGCGUUCUUGCGUACUGUUGAGGACACCGUUAUGGGCACCUGUAAUACCACCUACUCUUUCGGAGGCUCCGAGAAGGGUCGUCUGAUGUUGAUUAAGCAGCGUACCCAAAGCGAAUGCACCAACGUCCCCCGUAUGGGCCACAACAGCUUUGGCGCCACAAACUGUGCUGGUAAAUCCCAAGAUGAGCUCGUUGCCACCACCCAGCUUUACUACCAGCUUAGCCGCGGAUCCAGCAGCAACACUGCCAAGGCUCACAUCAUCUCAUCCUUUGGCUACCAGGUUCUGCAAUGGCACCCACCUGCAGGAUCUCCCUUCUACAACUUGGCCAAUACCACUUUGGUACUUAAGUCUUCCGGGCCAAUUGCUAAGCCAAUCUCCGCUUCUGGCUUGACCAAGCACUACGGCAGUCUCCGUUACACUCUUAAGCGCCCGAUUCCGACUCCAGAGGAUCUUGAUUUGGCUCGUGAAGAAGACUUCUUGCACCCCGAGGAGCCCCAAUCCCAGCAAGCUCUGCGCGCUAAGGCUGUUCCCGUCUUGACUAAGUUGAAGGAAGUCAUCGGAUCAGGUGCUCUUAAUGAUGAAACCCUCUUGGAUCCCACUACCAUGGCCGCCAUUCAGCUUUUCCAAGCCAUGAGUUUGGAAAGUUUGCAAGCUGUUUGGAAGAAUGUAGCAAAUGACGAGGAGCUCAAAAACCUGUUUAAUGAGAUCCUCCCAACUACUGGUACAAAUCCUGCUGCCUUGAUGGUCAAGGAAUUGAUUCUAAGUGGCAAACUGUCUGAUAUGGAAGCCCGCCGUAUGGUUGCUUUCCUACCCUACUACCUGCGCAUGCCCUCUGAGAAAUUGUUGACCUCAUGGGAAGAUCUGCUGAAGGAGAGCCCCAGCAUUAAAACCAAGGAACUGAGAGGUGCGAUCGCUUUGGCUUUCGGUCAUCUCAUUGGCAUCACCUGCAGUGCCAACAGACUUCGUCCUUGCAAAACUGACACUAUCAACAAGUACACUCGCAUGUCGUACGAAGCUUUCAAAUCGGCCAAGACCCACCCCGAGAUGAUUGUUGCCCUGAGCACGCUGCGCAACACCAAUUUGAUUCCCGCCAUCGAGCGUCUUAUUCCUCACGUCAAGAGCGGCUCCGUUCCUCACGCCGUCCGCCCCCACGUCAUUUUCGCUCUGCAGCCAAUUGCUGCCGUUAACCGCAACAAAUUCUUGUCUGCUGUCCUCCCUCUGAUCCUCAAUGCCACUGAAACCACCGAAAUCCGAAUUGCCGCCAUCUCCACCCUGUUCCGUGUCCAACCCACCUUCUUGGAGCUGCAACAGUUGAUCGCUGGUGCCAUUUGGGAACGCAAUCAGGAAGUGCUUAACUUCAUGAUGACCACCUUCCGCAACUACGCCGAUUCCAAGAAUCCCUGCGUCAAACCCAUCGCCAAUCAGUUGCAGUUGUUGUUGCGUCGUGUCGCCCACAUCAAAACUAACUUCUUCCGUUCAAGCAACCGUGUCUUCGACUUCCAGGACCAGAAAUAUGGUUUCGGUGGUGGUCUACAACUUGCCACCAUCUACGGUGAAGAAUCCCGCGCACCUCUCAUCAUUUCCGGACGUGCCAGUUACCGCAUUUCUGAAUACAGUUAUGUUCCUCUUGAGAUUAUGAUCCGUUUGGAAGGUGUUGAGGAUGCAUAUGUUCGUCUCUUCCGCAAACUGGACCCCAAGGACUUCAAGCUUGAUACCCUGAAGGAUCUUUUGCAAAAGACAAUGAAGAUUGUCCCUCGCCAACAGGCUCCCAUGAAGAUGGAAAUUUUGUUGCGUUCUCAAGGAUACACUUUGAUGUACCGUCACAUGGGAAUGGAAGAAAUCGUUGGUCUGAUGGAAGGCAAGGGAUUGGUCGAAAUGAUUUCUCGUGGCUUGAAAAUGACUCGUAAUAUGGUCAUGCUCGGCGGACAACAUAUCAGCUGGAGGGCUAACGAUGCUGGUCUCCCCGUCGGUGUUGGUCUCAGCACUCCUGGAUUCGCCCGUCACCAAUUGGCUUACGGAAACGUCAAUCAACCAACGAAGCUCGGCCGCUCCAUUCUGGCUGAUUUGGACGUCACUCUGCAGGUGGUCACUUACAUGGUCGCUUACAACCCGCUCGGCGUCUCCCAGGGAAUCAUCAAGGCUCGUGGAUCCCGCAUCCAUUUGCCCGCUAACCUUUUGGUUGGUUUCUCGCCUGCUGACAGCCAAGUUGAAAUCAAAAUGAAUACCCCCACCGAAGAGAAACCCUUGUCUUACUUGUUCAGCAGCAAUACCGUUACUUUCAUGUGGGGCAAAGAUGACUCCAAAGCCCUUUCCUACCUUAAGGACACCUGCUCAGAAUGCGAAUCUAAAGCUUUAGUAACCCGUGGCGAACAGUUCCGCAAAGGUCAAGUUAUUCGCGAAAACAUCAACGAAAUUUUGGGUAUGGAAUCUCACGUCGAAGUUUACAACUGCGAAACCUACACGGGCAAAGCCUCAAUCGCCAAGGUGAUGUAUGAAUCAUUCAAGCCAUCUGAAAUCAACUCGCACGGCAGCGUACCCGGUUUCUUGGUCAUGGGAUUCAUGCAAAUGCGCAACUACUUCUACCAGUACCCACCCACUGGCGCUUGUUCCAUGAAGGCCGUUUUACACAGAACUCAAGUAAAGCCGGCUGAAGCUAUCGAGAUUAAGCUCAAGAUGGAUUCCGCUGUACCAUCUGGAAAGAAGGCCGCCCCAGGCAGAAGUUUCAGCAAUGUUAAGGGAGCCAUCACUUUGUUGGGCACCCCUGAGCGCAAAUGGAACGUCGAAGUCAAUGUCGAGAGUGAGCCUUUCAAUGUCAAAUCUCAAGUCGCUGUAAAAAUUGCCCGUCUCGCAAACCGCGAACUUAACGUUCCCAACCGCGCUCUCUGCGUUAACGUCAAAACUGCUUGGGCUGCUUUGCCAGAGGACAUUUUCGAAACUCCAUCAUCCAUCGAGCCUUCCGUUCAACGUGAAGUUUCUUUCGUUUGGGGAGAGGCUCCCGCUGACCAGUGCCCUAAAGCUAAUGCCAAGGAUAUCUCCACGAUUUUGAUCAAGGUUCAGGGUAACAUCACCGAAGCUCAACGAGAAGCCGCCACCAGCCGCAACACCUAUCCUUAUGAUCGUUGCGAUUUGGACCGCACCGAUGCCGGCCGUUCUGGAAUUGUUGGUCCGAUGACUCAGGCUUGUUACGAAGCUGUUCUUCACUACGCUACUCCUCGCAGCUACGUUUUGGACAUCCAAUACGCCAACAUGUCUCCCCGUGGUCAGAUGGCUCUUCUCCGUAUCGACACCAUGCUAAAGGCCUCCUUGUUGCCCUAUUGGAGCAUGCAUGCCCCGCAUGGUCCUGCUGCCAGCGCCAAGAAAGUUGCCGGUGCCGGCCACAUUGAAUUGAAAAUGGAUGUUAACGAAGAUGACGUUGACUUGCAUGUCCACACUGAUUUGAUGCACAGUCACUACGAGAACGUCGAUGUCUUGAAGAACUUGGGUAUGGCUUUGCGUAACGCCCGUCUGCCCAUGUCUCAAAUGUUCGCCAUCAAGGCUGGUUUCGUAGGUAUUUGCGACGUCGCUCCCAAAGCGGUUGUCACCUUCGAUAAUGUGACCAUGAGCACUGACCUCCCCACUUGCUACACGCUCAUCUCGGCUGACUGUUCACCCACCCCUCGCUACGCUGUUUUUGCCAAGAAAACUACUGGCCCAUCUCUUCCGUUGGCUGUCAAGAUCUACGCCGGUGGCCACACUCUCGAACUGAACCCCGUCUCCAGCGGAGUGGAAGUUAAGGCUAACGAAAAGGUUGUCAAGGUCGACAAUAACAAGCCCUACGUCUUGAGCGACAAGGACAACGUGAUCCAGUACAUCGUCGUUAGCAAGAUUGGUGCCCGAUACUUUGUCCAGGUUCCAGUUCUGAAGUUGACCUUCCGUUAUACUGGUGAUGACAUCACCAGCAUGAUCCCUGCCACUCAUCGCUCUCAACAUUGCGGUCUGUGCGGUGAUUACAACGGCCAAUUUUCUCGCGAAUUAGUCAGCCCAUCCGGUUGCAAUGUAAAAGAUGCCACCGAUUUGGCCAGGUCCUACGUCUUGAGAGACAACAAAUGCAAGGAGAACAUCCCAACUCCUCCUUGUGUUGCUGAACCUUUGAGCAUUGGUGAGAGAAAGACCCGAUCCGUCGGAAUUGUUGGUCUUAUGGAUAAAUUUAUCCGUUCUUAAACUGAACAUAAUCCGUCAGUGAAAUGCUCGUUGCUUUACAACUGACGAGUCGACAAUUCCUUUCUUCGGCAAUUUUUUUUUCUCCAUUCAAUUUUCGACUUUCUCGUGGAACUCUACAGUUCAAGGUCGACGAUCCUUUUGAGUUUAGUUGACCCUAUGUGUUUAACUGUUCUCAGAAUUGACUACCUGAAUACAAUAAAUCAGGAAUUUA